AUGGGAGUUGGGCAGAGUCGGGAGUUGCUCGGGAAGGUUAGCGAUGAGCGCGUGUUCAUUUGCACCAAUCGUGAGGAGUUGAUUGCACUGUUGGCGAAUUUACAGAAGACGCUUCCGCCGGAAACAGAUGAAGGUGGUGUAGAUGAAAUGAAAGACCAAUACCCGGAAGGAGAGGAAAAGGAAAAAGAAGGGGAGAGAUUGGAUGAGACGACGGAUAAGGCAGCGGCUCAUGUCCCUGUGGAGGCGAUUCAUAUUCCCAAUCAUUACCUCGGCGAUGACGGAUUUCUCUUAGGGCAUCCUGAGGUGUUGCAAUCACUUGCCGCCAGCACCGCGCUGCACUCACUUGACGUUGGCUACAACGCCCUCACUGCCCGUUCGGCUGAAGCACUUGUUGGUGGUCCUGGCACACCACCGAAUCUGCAGUCGCUGAAUCUCGCCGGCAACCACAUGGGGCCUGCGGGAUGCAAAAAAAUUGCCGAAUUUCUCGCCAAGAACCCCCCGCUUCGUGAGCUUUCGCUCUUUCACAAUGGCCUGUACGAUAGCGACGUGGAGCCGAUCCUACGUGCACUUAGCGAGAACACACAUCUACGGUUUCUUAACCUGGACUGCAACUUCCUUACGGGGGAAUUCCUGCGGGUGCUGCUUGAGGUGCUGCAGUCCAACACAACCCUUGCCGUUGUUUGGUUUGACGGGCCAUACCACCCAGACACAUUGGAGCCGAUGCGUCCGGCGUCAUCUGUAGAGUUGAUUCCAGGUGAAGAAGACACAUCCGCAAAUGCACGGUUUUUGUUGCGGAAAAGAUUAUUGCGUGCGGAUCUUGCAGGGCGGCCACCUUUUCCGGCCAAUCUCGUCCGGGAAUUAGAGGUCAUCCUUGCCCCACGGCGAGCGGCCUACUUGGCGGAGUUAAAAGCGGAUGAAGAGGCUGAGGCGAGAAGAAUAGCAACAGCAGAGGCUGCAGCAGCUGCAGUCCAAGUCGCACGGCGUCUCAAGGAUGCCGCAUGUUUGGCAAUAGGCGAUCAACAACAGAUGGCGGACGGGGAAGAAGAAGUGUGCAACGACGCGGAACAUCCGGAGGGGCAGGCGCAGGAUGAACAUACACCUCUUGACGGGGUUGUGGAAAAGGCCGUGGUGGAGCAGAAAGGCCGCACCGCAUUGGGAUCAUCCUUCGACCCGCACACUUCCUCCGAGACGGGCCGGUGGAGGGUUGGAUUCGUGGAUGGAGCCAGCCGCAGCCAAACAUCCAUGUCGGCCGCAUUGAAGGGGGAUUCUCACAUCCCUACUUCAGCUCGGAGGACGCACACGCGGAAUGUGAAGGGCGGCCUUGUUUCCGGGCGAGAGUUAUCCAACGGCUUUGAUCGACUGGUUCUUUUACCAACGGAUAAUAAUUCAAGCACCAAAACAAUUUGGCACAAAAUCACAGGUCCGCCAUACCGACUGCGUGCGUGUUGGUGCGAUCCACGCGAUGUGGCGAUGCCGUACGGGAGUAUAUUGCACUACCACUGUAAGCACGAACCAACGGGAGGGGAUAUGGGUGAAAUUGGCACCAAUGACAAACCGCUGGAACACAAAAAUCCGUCCACUCGAGCCAAUACGCGAAGAGUGUUACAACGCAUUUUGAAAGGUUCGUCCAAAGAAAGUAAUGAAGGGAAAAAAGUUGUCUACAAUGGUUGUAAGGCAACAAGUCAUCGUUGUGAGUCUAUCGGUUUCUACGGUAGUUCAAAACCAGACAGAAGUUCCGUAUUUUUCUUUGCGAGUCCACAUCCAAUGCAUGCAAUUUUUGCUGAGCCGGCUUUGGAUGCCCGUUGA